AUGGAUCGACGGAUACGAAUGUGGAUAUUUAUCCUAAUUCUCUGCCUAACGCUCAUCGACGCCGUCAAGGUGUCGUUCUACGGCGCGAGCCACGUCACGAUGCCCCUGCAGGAGUCCAAGCUGUCCACCAACAUCCGGCUGCGGUUUCGGACGCGCCAGGACAACGCGCUCCUUCUGGUGACCGCCGGCCGCACCGACUACGCCCUGCUCUGCAUCGAGGGGGGCAAAAUUAGGUUUAGCUUCAAGAUAGACGACUAUCAGACUGAUCUUUGGUCACCCGUGACCCUGAAAAUCAAUGAUCUCCAAUGGCAUGACAUUUCGAUUUCGCGCUACACCGCCAACCUGACGCUGCAAAUCGAUGAGUACUUCGCGACGAAAACCCUACCACCGAAGGUGAUGGAGCUGAAUCUGCACAUGGGGGUGCACCUUGGCGGCAGGGGACACUUCAACGAACCGUUCCUGAGCGCGCUACCGAGUUUCCGGGGGUGUUUUGCUGAUGUGUUCUUCAACAACGUAAACGUGUUCAAGCGGGCACGGGAAGGGACGCACCACACCACGACGCAGGACGUGUCGUGGGUUUGCUCGCCGGAGUUCGACGCCGACCGGGACGUGCCGAUCAGCUUCCUCGACGACGACAGCUACAGCGUGCUGCGGAAACCGGCCUCCCGGUCCGGCGACCGGUGGAGCUUCGAGUUUCGCACGAUCGAACCGUUCGGCACGCUGAUGAGCAACAUUCCCCGCUCGGCCAAGCACGACUACGUCAUGCUGGAGAUCGUGCAGAGCAAGCUGCGCCUGCUGGUGGGCAAGGGCUCGAACGCGGUCGAGCUGAUACCGGAUCGGAACGUUUCCGACGGAAAAUGGCACAACGUCUCGAUUACCUACAGUCCGAUGUUGGUCGAUAUUGCGGUCGAUGAGACGAGCAACAGUGCGACGUUCGCGAACGGGAGCAGUCAGGCGAUCGAGCUGGAGGAAGACUUCUACAUCGGUGGUCUGGAUGCCGAGCGGCACCGGAAGGCAUCGAUGAAGCUGAUCCGCGAAACCGAAUCCAGCUUCAAGGGCUGCAUGCGCAAUGUCGUGCUGGACGACCAGGAGGUUGGCUUUCCGAACUUUUCCGUCACGCACCACGUCACGGUGGACUGCGUGUGGCAGUAUCCGUGCAUCGAGAAGCAACCGUGCAUCAUCAGCUCGCAGUGUCAGCAUCAGGGCAUCGAGGACUUCAUCUGCUACUGCGACCAGGCGUACUGCAUCAAGGCGGACUACGGCGAGCGGUACAAGAUCUUCACGCGCUCGCAGUCCCGCGUCGAGCUCGAGCUGCUCGAAAUCAACCCGAUGGAGGUGAUGGAGGGUGGCAUCGCGUUUCUGUCGCGCGAGUUCAUCGGCGUCCUGUUCGACUAUCCCGAGAUGGGCAUCAAGGAGGCGUCGAUCAUCUUCCAUAUCGUACAACCGCCAAAGCACGGCCGUGUUACCAUCUCCUCGUACGGUCCCGAUAGCAACGGUACGGUAACGCAGACCAAGUUUUUCUCGCACAUCGACCUCAGCACGGACAAGGUGAAGUACACGCACAAUGGGGAUGAACAUUCGACCGAUCAGAUGACGAUCGACAUGCAGCUGAUGUCGGUACCGCGCGAUUCCAAGCUUCCCGACCUGUCCGGAAAGCAUCGGUUUGUGCUGCACGUCAACGUGACGCCGGUGAACGAUCCUCCCGUGCUACAACUCCCGCCCAAUCGACAUCUGCGGAUCACUCAGGGCAUCCCGAAGACGCUCGGAACGGACGUGCUCAAUGCGGACGAUCCGGACAGCCAACCGGAAUCGCUGAUCUACACCAUCCUGAUGAGUCCCAACUCGGAAGCCCAACAGGGCCGGAUCGAGGUUAACGGGAAACCGGUGACAACGUUCGCGCAAUCCGACAUCAACGCCGGCAGUGUGACGUACGUCAUCAACACGAAGGGUUCGGAAGACUCACACUUUGACCUCACGGUUCAGGUGUCGGACGGGAUGGAGACAAGCCCGGCUAGUUCGAUGCGUGUUUCCGUGCUGCCACUUCAGUUGCGAAUGAUCAACAACACGGGACUGGUGUUGAUACACAAAUCGGCCGCUGCCAUCACGCCGUACAAUCUGUCGUUUGUUCCGAACGCCGAGGAAGACAAUGUCGAUAUGAAGUUCGAUGUAGUCCAAUCUCCACUGUACGGAAAUUUACAAAAGCUGCGAACCGUGGACUCUUCCUGGGUGAACGUUGAUUCCUUCAGCAGCAGCCAGGUGAUGCUCGGUCAAAUACGCUACCUUCACGUUACGGAUUUCCCCCAACAUGACGAGUUUAAGUACACGGUAUCGUUGGGUCCUGUAACCACACCGACGUAUGACUUCCGGAUAUCCUUUACGAAGCUACGCAUCGGCAUUGUCCGGCAGAAUAAUAUGCACAUCAGCACCAAAGACAAUACGAUCCGGCCGGAUUUUCUCUACCAUCAGACAACGCCGAUAGUGACGCUCGCCCGGAACGUGAUCUACACCGUCGUGACGGCGCCAAAGUUCGGCGUAAUCUACGUCGAGGGCCAUCCGCAAACGGCCAAACCCGGGCACUCAUUUACGCAGCACGAGCUGGACAAGAACCUGAUAAAGUACCGCACGUACCACUCGUCGUACGGAAGCUUCGUCGAUACGUUCGAGUUCGUCGUGGCGGUGCCGGAGUGUGAGGAUGUGCAGGGGAAGAUCGAUUUCAUCUACACCCCUCCCGACUACCUGGCCAAGCAAAUCAUCUACCAGAAGCGCGAGAAGCUGUACGUGCACGAAGGCAACCGGACGGCCUUAUCGCGGACGAACUUUGAGGUAUACUUCAACAAGUUUAACUUCCUUUCGUUCAAUCUGACGCACCAUCCGAAGCACGGUAAGAUCUGUCUGCUUAAUCCUCGGACGUUUGAGGCGAAGGAUAUCGCCACGUUCACACUGCAGGAUCUGUUCCUCGGGGACAUCCACUACUGUCACGACGAUUCGGAGUCAACGCGUGACAGCUUCCGGCUGCUGAUACUUUCCGACGACGAGACCGAUUUUCAGUUUGUUUGCGAGAUCCAGGUGGAGAUCACGCUGCAAAACGACAACGGACCGUACCGCGUGUUCGAUAAGGUGUUUCACAUCGUACGCGACGAAACGAAACUGCUUACGGCGGGCGACCUCAAGUACUCCGAUCCGGAUAUUGAAACCCGCCAGAACGACAUUGAGUACCGUUCGGUGAGCUGCACGAACGGGGAGCUAUACCGGAACUCUAAUGGAGCUGGCAAACCGAUCGAACAAUUCACCCAGGAAGACUUGGACCACGGUCGGAUGCUAUUCCUGCAUAAUGGAACCGACAACGGGAAGAUCUCGUUCAUCGUCACCGACGGGUUGUACGAGGUUCCCGGUUCGCUCGAGAUCGAAGCAUCCGAUCCGUUUCUGAGGGUGCGCGAAAGUAACGCCUCGAUCGUGCAGGAAGGACGUGCCGUGCUGCUUACGAGCAGCGAUCUAAACAUUGAUACGAAUUUGAACGCAAAACCACACGAAAUCGAGUACCGUGUUAUGCACGGACCGAACAACGGGCUGUUGAAGAUGUUCGUUCCGAAGUUUGACUCUGGGCAGCUGCAUCGGCUCAACAAUGCCACAACGGCGUCGAACUUCUCGCACGCCGAUGUCCUCUCGGACCGGAUCGUUUAUUGGAACCGCGACGUGGCUUCCAUGGACCGGAUAAAGUAUCGCGUCGGAACGAAGGGAGUAUGGACGGAGGGUGAGGUGAUGAUACGGAUUUACCCACCAGCAUACUGGGAACAGCUUCGGAUACGGCGCAAUCAAACGUUAUAUGUCGAGGAGUCAACGAGUGUGAUCAUUUCGAGGGACGUACUUGAGAUUGUCCACCCUAACAUUUCACCGGGUGACAUAACGUACCUCGUUACGACACAACCCCAGCACGGAUACCUGGAGAUCCAAUCGAUCACCUCCGACGACGAGUACAACUCGAAAGUAUUCGACCAAUCGACGAUCAACGCGGAAAAGAUGUUCUACAUACAGGCGGGUGUAAAUCAGUCGUCCGAUUACUUCACGUUCGAUGUCACCAACGGAAUCACCUGGCUUCGGGAUCUGAUGGUGAAGAUCGUGAUCAUCCCGGAGCAUCUGUAUGUGCAGACGAAUGAAAUCACUGUUGAAGAGGGAAAAACGGUACAGCUGCAACCGGAAGACAUGGUCUCAUACUCGGAAUACUAUGUCGGGAAAAUCCUUGAGUACAAAAUCCUGGAUCAUCCACUGCACGGAAGCAUACGGGCGGGCAAGUCCUCCAAAGUGAACCGGUUCACGCAGAAGCAGCUGGAAGCGGGUGUGAUCACUUACGUACACAAUGGAAGCGAGAAUUCGUCCGACACGAUACGACUGGUGGCGCUCAGUCGGAACAAGGAGAGUGUGCCGUUUCAGCUGGCGAUCAAGAUAUUACCGAUCAACGACGAAGUUCCACUAUUGGUAACCAACACCGGGCUGCACAUGUGGAUAGGAGGGAAAUCGAUGAUUGGAAGCAACGACCUAAUGGCUCAAGACUACGACACACCACCGGAAAACCUUACCUUUCACAUCCAACAAAUGUCCGGAGGGUACGUGGCGUUCAAGGAUAGCUACAACAAGAAGACGCACUCUUUCACGCAGCAGGACAUCAACGAGAACACGGUGUUCUUUAUUCACGACAGUAGCAACCAGAACGGCAAGGUAGUGUUCUACGUCAGUGAUGGCCUGCACAACACCUCCGAGGGCGUGCUGCAUAUCGUGACGAACCCCGUCGCCCUGGAGGCGAUCCGGAACGAAGUGUUGCACGUGUUUCCCAUGACUCGGAAGCAGAUCCUCCCGGACCAACUGCACUACAAAUGUUCGGAUGACGACCGGGACGUGAAGUACGUCGUAACCGUUCCACCCCAGAUGGGCCGGCUGUUGUACGAGCAGGUGGAGUUUGGCUACUCGAACGAAAUCAGUGAGUUUACCCAGCACGACGUGGAGAAUGGGCGUGUGUUUUACGAGCACACGCACGCGAUGGUGGAGCUGAAGACUAACGAUUCGUUCUAUUUCGACGUGACGGCCCCACUGUCGAAUAGUUUGGUGGAUCAGAUAUUCAACAUUGACGUGUCAGUUUCAUCUGGCGGUCUGUUGCGAUUCCUACCGGUCCCAAGGAUUACCAUCGAGGAGGGUGAAUCUGCUCCGAUCAAACUGGAUCUCUCGAAGGUGCUGGAGUACUUGGAGACGCGUGCAGGAAUCGCCGCACCGGAGUUGUACAUCGAGGUGCAUCCACCGGCGCACGGCCUGGUGGAGCUCGAGGACGAAAGCGCCGAAGUGAACCGGUUCUCGCUGAAUGAUUUCUACUCGAACAAGGUUAUCUACAAGCACGACCACUCAGACACGGUCGAGGAUAAAGUGUCGCUGGCGGUGUUUCUUGUACCGGGCCAUCUGUUUCUGUGCAACAUAACCAUCCCGGUAACGAUCAACCCAGUCAACGAUCAACCGUUCCAUCUGCUCACCCCGUCGCCGCACAUUUCGGUGAUCGAGGGUGAAAACGAAACCAUCACCUCGACGCACCUACUUACCGAGGAUGCCGACACUGACCCGCGUGAGAUCGUGUACGAUGUGAUCAGCGGCCCGAACCUCGGUGUGUUGCUGAAGAUUUCGGACGAAGGCUACCCGCAGGAUAUCAUAACCUACGGUAACAAGUUCACACAAGCCGACAUCAACGAGAAUCGCAUCAUCUACACGCACUCCGGCACACCACAGUCGACCACGUUCUACUUCACCGUUUCGGACGGCAAGUACAAUCCGGCGUACGAGAUAUUCAACAUCAAAAUCCUUCCCAUAACGAUACUGCCCGGGUACACCAGCCACCCGAUCCUGGUGCAGCAGGGCUCCAACCUGGGCAUUCUCGAAGCACAGCACGUGUCGGUGGAGACGAAUGUGCAGAAAGGGCGCAUCAUGUACAACAUCACGAAGAACCCGCUCGGUGGAAUCAUCAUCUCGAACAACAAACCGAUCUCGAAGUUUACCCAACGCCAGCUGGACGACGGAAAGAUAGGAUACAUGCAGACCGACAUGAGUCGCUCGAACGAUACGUUCCAGCUGGACGCGUUCAUCCCCGAUACGACCUCGUCCUGCCUGAUCGAGGUGGCGAUGGUCGUGCAGCCGUUCAUCAUCAUCAAUCCGAUCACGAUCACUCCGGGCGAUCGGGUUCGGCUCAGCUCGACCUUCAUCUUCGACAAUCCAGCGCAGCUGAAGUUGAACCGAUACAAUCCGAAGAUCACGAUCACUCGGCGGCCAAAGUAUGGGCGGUUGAAGAAGAUCGUCCGAAGCACUGGGUUGGAUUACGCCGAGCAGCAAAGCGACAAGGAGAUCAGCUCGUUCACCUACAAGGAGCUGAAGAGUGGCGUCAUCUACUACGCAGCGCGCAAGUUCAACCAAGACUUCCAAUCGAUCAACGAUAACUUCGAGUAUGUGCUCUCGACGAAAACGGCCCAACCGGGUCAGGGGAUGGUACCGGUCGAGAUCUACUCUCCUUCGCGAUCGCACGACACGAGUGACGUCAACAUUGUCACUACGGAAUCCGCAGCUAUCCCGCUGGACUACCUGAUCGCGGUAUGCGUCGCCGUUGCGGCGCUAGUACUCAUCCUCAUCACGGUGCUGCUGCUCAAGUGCCGCUCGAAGGGAUCACACAAAGCCGGCCUCGACAAGGAUCAACCACCGUCGCUGCCGCGACCUCCCGACUUCAUGACCCUCAACAACCGCAUGUACACACCGUCCGAAAACGAGUCGCUCCCGGUGACGAACUCCUCCACACCGUUGCCCAUCAUCAGCAGUAUCCCGCACUGCAAGGUCAUCCCGAUCGGGGGCCUCGACAACACGCUCCAGCUCGAUUCAGAGCCGGACGAUCUGCUGGACAUGCACGGCGAGCUGCUGCCCAGCAUGGGCCACGGCUACGGAAGGUACGGGUACGGUGCCGACGAGAACGACGAGUGGAGUUCCUCGUGCGACGUCGGUCCGGAGGUGAACUACUCGACGAUAUCGCAACCCCAGCAGCACCAUCUGAUGCAGCAACACCAGCAACUGCUUCCUCCACAGCAUCAGCAGCAACAGCAGACACAUCAACCACAGUCGACACCCCAGCUUGCGAAGGCGAAUCCACUCCUUCGCCGAAACCAGUAUUGGGUCUAACGUAGCGACCAUGGGCUCUCGCGCCUGUGGAGUAGUACAUUUCGUAUACUGUAAAUAAAACCAAAGAGUACUCGCCA